AAUUUUCUAUGAUAUGAAUAAAUAAAAAUUUAAAUAUAUAUGUGUUUAAUAUAAUAUAAAUUCAUAAUCAAAUUAUACAAUAUAAAUUUUAUCAAUUAAAUUUAAUACAUAUUUAUAUUAUUUUAUUCAUUAUCCAUCAAAUCAAAACUCCCAAAAUCUCAACCAAACAAACUCAAAUAUAAAAUAAACAACAAAAUUUAAACUCAUCCCAAAAUUCAAAUAAAAACUAAACUCAAACCCAAAUUCUCCGUACCCCUAUAAACAAACACACCCUUAAUUAUCACGGAAUCUUGAUCUUUAUUUUAAUAAUUGAUUAAUUAAUAUUUUAUAUCAUAAUCAACACCAACAACAACAUGACACAAAAACACUCUGGCAUUAGAUUCAUCGUACCCUAAAAACAAAUCCAUAAUUAAAUAUCUUACGAUCAUUGGAAUAUCCAAAUCCAAACAAUACUAACAAGACAGCCAAUUACCUCACCUCUAAUUUCUAUAUCCCCAACAAUUCCACCAUAUCAUUUUAUAUAACCUUCUAUUUCCAAAAAGAUUCCGGAAUAUUCGGAUGACAGAUUCCACCUACUCGUGGCUCCCGGAGAAUCUCCGGCCGGACGACGCGAAUCCCGAAUGGAUGAACAAAGGCGACAACGCGUGGCAGCUGACGGCCGCCACAAUGGUCGGGCUCCAAAGCAUCCCGGGCCUCGUCGUGUUAUACGGUAGCAUAGUGAAAAAAAAAUGGGCCGUAAACUCGGCAUUUAUGGCCCUUUACGCAUUUGCCGCCGUGCUCGUUUGCUGGGUGGGUUGGGGCUAUCAAAUGUCAUUUGGGCGCGCGCUCGUCCCGUUUCUCGGGCGGGUCGACGACGCGCUCGACCAGCAUGUUUUGCUAAAACAAACAUUUGGGGUUUAUAAGUUCCCCAAUGCCACCAUGGUCUAUUUUCAGUUCGUGUUCGCGGCGAUCACUUUGAUACUGAUCGCCGGCGCGCUGUUAGGAAGGAUGAACUUUAAGGCGUGGAUGAUCUUCGUCCCUUUAUGGCUUACGUUUUCUUACACCGUCUCCGCGUUUAGCAUUUGGUGCCCCGACGGGUGGCUCGCUAAAAAGGGCCUUAUUGAUUACUCCGGCGGCUAUGUUAUCCACUUGUCGUCCGGCGUCGCGGGUUUUACCGCCGCUUAUUGGGUGGGGCCCAGGGCGGCAAAGGACCGGGAAAGGUUCCCGCCAAACAACAUCCUCCUGAUGCUGGCCGGCGCCGGUCUGCUGUGGAUGGGCUGGACCGGGUUCAACGGCGGCGACCCGUACACGGCGAGCGUGGACGCCUCCCUGGCCGUCCUGAACACCCACGUCUGCGCCGCCACCAGCCUGCUGACGUGGCUGCUCCUGGACAUCCUCUUCUUCCAGAAGCCCUCGGUGAUCGGCGCCACCCAGGGCAUGAUCACCGGCCUCGUCUGCAUCACCCCCGCCGCCGGCGUCGUCCAGACCUGGGCCGCGGUCGUCAUGGGCCUCCUCUCCGGCAGCCUCCCCUGGUUCACCAUGAUGAUCCUCCACAAGAAGGUCGCCCUCCUCAAGCUCGUCGACGACACCAUGGCCGUCUUCCACACCCACGCCAUCGCCGGCGCUCUCGGCGGCCUGCUCGCCGGAUUCUUCGCCAACCCCAAACUCGGCCGCCUCUUCUACGGCGUACCCAACUGGGACCGCUACAUCGGCGUCGCGUACGGACUCCACGACCGCCGGCCGGAGGCGGGGCUCCGGCAGAUGGGCGUGCAGGUCGUCGGCGUUCUCUUCGUCGUCGCCGUCAACGUCGUCGUCACCACCGCCGUUUGUCUGCUGAUCAGAAUUUUUGUGCCGCUGCGGAUGUCGGAGGCGGAGCUCGACGGCGGCGACGACGCCGUCCACGGCGAGGAGGCGUACGCCCUCUGGGGCGACGGCGAGAAGUACGAGAGAUCGGCGUACGGCGCCGCCGGUCAGGAUUUCGGUUCCCGCCAAAAUAAUUACAACCCCGGUGCUUGACCGUUGACCGUUUGACUGCUGACCGUCCGAGUUGGUGCUUCCUCGGCAAUUGUAUUUUGGGAAUGUGAAAUUUUUUUAAUAUAAAUAUCGACUUUAUUGUAUGCAAAAAGACAAUUUAGCACAGUUGUAAUAAUUUAUGGCCACAAAAAAACAGAAUUGUGGAUCCAAUUUAAUUAUGGUUUUUAUUUUAAUAAAUUUUUUGUAGUUGUAUU